AAAAAGCUCUGGGCUGAGGAGGGCCUCAUGAGUGCUAGCCUUCCUCCUGAACUAAGCAGCUCCUACCAACCUACCAACAUUAGCAGGAGCUUGAACCCCACUGAUGAUGACAGGAGCUACCAAGUGCCCCUCCUAGCCCUGGGCUUGCUUUGCCUCUUGGAGUUGACUAGGGUCUUGGAGGAUAGAGAAGGGGCAGAGGGAGGUAGGCUUCUGGCUUAGUUUUCCUGCCCAUCCUGAGCCUGCAAUGUGGUUAGCCUAGGGAACUGGUGUGCUCCCCCAAACCCACCCCUAGGAUGAGCCUUUCUUUGAGGACUCUGUCUUGGGUCUGGGGUGUGCGGUACUGAAAGUCAGAGGAGAGGGAAGGGCAAGAACACAAAAGAAAUUCAAACGCACCCACUUCUCUUAGAAAAGUGGCUCUAAAGACUUACAAGGAUGAUACUCUGCAAAUACAAACAUCUUUCUUAGAAUGCCUUGACUGUACCUGUGGAACCUCCUCUGGUUCUAGGUUCCUGGACUCCAAGAAGCCCAUUUGGGCUCUCAAAGGGUUGGAUGCAGACGAGUCUCUAAAGCAGACCUGACGGCAAGCUGGUAGUGACAUCUGCUCCCCAGCCCUGCUGAGGGCGGGGUGGCUGCAGUUCACCUGCUAUCCCUGUCAUCACCUGCCAUCCCUGUCAUCCUCAUCCUGCCCAGCCUUCGGUUGUGGCAUAGGACUCCACCCACUCUCCCUUAAAGGUAGCCAGCGCCAGGGCACUGCUCCAGAAGGGGCAGGUGAAGCACUGGGAGCACUAGAGAGAGGGAUUUUUUCGGCUUCCUGGAAGGAAUCCUACGAAGAUUUUCACAAAAUACAGGAUUUCAGACACAGACUGCUGGAGUCCGCGGUGCGAGGAGCAGGGCUCGGACCGGCUUCCUUUAUGAAGCCCCGGAGGAGCAGGGGCCACAGAAGUUUUGCUCCAGCCAUACCCACACAAGCCCCAACACUGACCCUGGCCUCCCCUCCUUCCUCUGGGACAGCUCCGCUCCCCUCAAGCUGGACAUGAAACCUCUCCCCUCCUGGAGGCGGGGCCAACCCUCUGAGCAGGAUAAAAUGCCAGGAGGAGGGGUGUGGUGCGGGCACAGCCUUGGCAUGGCCCUCUGGCUCCUCAUUCUCCGCCAGCUCCAUGGCCAGCCCUGUGGAUGCAUCCUCACCAGGCCAUGCCAGUGGGUUGGGUUCCCCCCGGAGAAAGCGGACCACCUUCAGCAGGGGGCAGCUGUUGGAGCUGGAGCGGGCGUUUGCAGCACGGCCCUACCCUGACAUCGGCACCCGUGAGCACCUGGCUCGGGUCACCUGCCUUCCUGAGGCCAAGAUACAGGUGUGGUUCCAGAACCGCCGGGCCAAGAGACUCAAGAACAGGAAGGCAGGAGGCCUAAGCCCCAGGCCCGAGCAUACCCAGAGAGCCCGAUCUCUUCCAGACACCCUCCAGCAGGCCCGGGAGCCCCGAACACUAGGCCAGCUUCCGUCCUCCAACAGCACACCUCAGUGUGCCUCAAUGAGUCGACAUGCCUCCUGCCCAGCUCCCGGCUUGAGUCCAGGGCAGGGCUGGGCAGGGGCUAAAGCUGUAGCCCCAUGGGGACCAGCUAGGGCUUCAGGGGUCCACCUUUCUUCAGAGCGAGCCACUCCCCAGACCUCAUUGGGCAGCUUAUCUGACCUCAUCUAUGCCUCCGCCAUCGUCACCAACCUGGACCACUCCUAAUUGAAGCCUAGAACUUGGGAGACCGCUCCUCUGGCUCUGCGGCCCACCCUGCCCCUUAGGACUAAAGACAUCAGAAGUGGAUCCCCCACCCCACCUGUUACACAGGGAGUUCUCUUAUCAGAAGGAAGGUUAGCUGAGGCAUCCCUCCCUCCCACUGUCCUCCAGGCUGGCCCAGAGUCCCCAGGGCCUGGCUCCUGCUACACAGCGCCCUGCCCCUCCUGGAGCCUACGCCCAUCACCAUGGCAGGAGGUACCUUCAGAGAGAUGGGUAAGGGCCGGGUUGUCCACCUCUCUGGAGCCAGGCCUGGCCCCCAAUUCUUCUCACCCCGGCUGACAACACCUCCUUCCUCCAAAGAACGGGCAGCCGCCCCUCACUUUCAGGCCAUUAGCUAGCUGCUAGGUGAGUUCGGUGAGGAGAGCACGGAAAUGAAUUCCAGCCUGCUGGGAACCAGGGCCCCCUCUUCUGACCUGCCACCACCUGGACAAAUGAAUUGGAACCAUGGAUCUGAAGAGGAAGUGAUAUUAAAGUAAUAAAGUAGAAAGAGGAGCCCAGGGCUUAUGUUCAUUUAAUUUUCACAAAGAUCAGAUCGGCUGCCCUCUGACCUGAGGCUGUGGAGACAACCUGACAGAUUUCGCGG